AUGGCGGAACUUCAACAAUUUGGGGCCCUUGUGGCACAAAUGCUCGAUUGCGAUAAUGCCAAAAGAAAAGCAGCUGAAGAGCAAUAUGAACAGAUCGAUCAUAUCACGAAAAUCACCAUGCUCUUCCGGCUGUACCAAGAAAAGACGAUUCGCUCUAUGGCACUCGUGCUCACCCGACGAUUGUGGGACUACGAUUUCGAGGCGGCCUGGGAGAAGCUCAACGAGGCGCAGCGCGACCAGUACCUGGACGGAAUUUUCCACGCCACCACAGAAGAAACCAGCUUGCCGCUGAUGAAGAAGCUGGCCGACAUCAUUGCUCAAUUUGGCAUGAAUCUCAUUGAUGACGAAACUGGCGCGCAGAAAUGCCCCAAAAUCAUCCAAUUCAUUGAGCUGUGCAGCUCGUCCGACAACCCCAAUUUGAAGGUGGUAGCAAUGGCCAUUCUCGAGAAUGUGCCCAACGUCUUCGGCUCUGAUUUGGACAAGUACGUGCCCGGCGUGAAGAGCAUUUUCAACGCUGGCCUCAAUCACGAAGCCGGCUUUGUGCGCUCGUCGGCCGUCAAGGCCUACAGCGCCUUCCUCUGCGACAACGAGGAGAAUGACAAGGUCAUCAAGGGGCUCGUUCCUUUCAUCGGACAGGUCCUCAAGAUCUGCCAACACAUCGUGGCCACCGAAGAUGAGGAUGAUGUGCCGCUCCAAUCCGUUGCCGAUCUGGUCACCACCAUUCCGAAGCCUCUUGGCCCACACAUCAACGACAUCAUCACUUUCUCGCUUCAGACGGUCAACAACGCCGAGACCAACGAGAUCUUCCGUCAUUCUGCCCUCGAAAUCUUGGCAUCGCUCUGCGAGGCGGCCCCCAACAUGGUCAAGAAGCGCGCACAGGCUCAUAUUAGCCCGAUUGUCCAAGCUUGCAUCUUCAUGAUGACUGAUUUGAACGAUGAGCUCGAAGACUGGCUGGCCGUUGAUGACGCGGAAGACGAGACCGAAGAGGAAACUGCCGCCAUCGGCGAGACUUCGUUGGACCGAAUCGCUUGCGCUCUCGGAGGAAAGGCUGUGCUCGAGCCGUCGCUUGCCGCCGUCAACAGCCUGCUUGUCGAUCCCGACUGGAAGAAGCGCCACGCGGCCGUAUUUGUCCUGUCCACCAUCGGCGAGGGAUGCCAGCGUUCGAUGGAGCCCAAGAUCCAGCCGAUCGUCGAGAAGCUGAUCCCGUAUCUGAAUGACCCGCACCCUCGUGUCCAAUACGCCGUCUGUAACGCUCUGGGACAAAUGUCAACGGAUUUUGCGCCGCAUCUCCAGAAGCACUGCCACGAGAAGGUCGUGUCUGCUCUGCUGAGCUGUCUCGUCAGACUGGACUGCCCACGUGUUGCCGCCCACGCCGGCGCCGCCCUCGUCAACUUCACCGAGGACUGCCCGAAGAACAUCAUCCAGCCCUAUCUACCUAAGAUCAUGGAAAGCCUGGAGCAAGUCCUGGAGGCCACGUUCAAGCAGCUGGUCGAGAAGAACAAGAAGCUCGUGCUCGAGCAGGUGAUCACCACCGUCGCCUCGGUUGCCGAUUGCGCCCAAGAUCUCUUCGUGCAAUACUACUCGCGCAUGAUCGGGCCCCUCAAGUACAUCCUGCAGAAUUCGGAAGCCGAUGAGUACAAGCUCCUCCGCGGCAAGACCAUCGAAUGCGUGUCGCUGAUCGGGCUCGCUGUUGGCCGGGAAACAUUUGCUGACGAUGGCCGACAAAUCAUGGACAUGCUCGCCAGCACCAUCCCGAACCUUGCCCCCGACGAUCCGCAGACCAGCUACAUGAUCAGCAGCUGGACCCGUAUCUGCAAGGUUCUCGGCCCUCUCUUCGCCCCCUACUUGCCCAUCGUCAUGCCGGCCAUCAUGCGCUCCGUCGAGUACAGCCCCGACUUGACGAUGGUUGAAGAGGAGGAAGUCGACCAGAGCGAUCCGGCUUGGACCUACCAGCCGAUGGGCGACAACAAGCACUUCGGCAUCCGCACCGCCGGCCUUGAGGAGAAGGUGACCGCCUGCGAGAUGCUUGUAUGCUACGCUCGCGAGCUCAAGGAACUGUUCGCCCCGUACGUCGAACAGGUACUGACGCAAGUGCUGAAGAACCUGAAGUUCCUCUUCCACGAGGGUGUGCGCUCGUCGUCCGCCGAGGUUCUGCCCGGUCUCCUCGAGUGCUGCAAAGAUCAAGGCGUCGAGGUCAUGCUCCGACUCUGGCAGGUUUACAUCCCGGCUCUGCUGGAGGCCAUCAAGGCCGAGCCCGAGCUCGACGUCUUGACUGACCAACUGGCCGCUAUUGCUCAAAGCGUGGACGUGCUGGGAGGAGCCAUCGGCCCGGCAGGAUUCCAAAUGAUCGCCGAAGUGCUGAAGGAACAACUUGAGGGCUUCGAGACGCGCCGAGGUGAACGUGAGGCUAAGGAGGUUGACGAGGAUGCUGAUCCCGAAGAGGCCCACGACAAUGCUGACGAGGAGGCCGAAAGCGACGCCGCUGUGUUGUCAAGCAUUGCUGACAUCUUCCACGCUUGCUUCAAGAACAUCGGUCCUCAGUUCUACCCCUACAUCGAGCCACUGCUCGACGGCAUCGUAAAGAUGAUUGACCCGGCUCGCGACUACACCGACCGACAGUGGGGCGUCUGCAUCGUCGACGACCUGAUCGAGUUUGCUCCCCAGGAGGCUCAUCGUGCCCAAGGUGCUUUCGUGUCUCGCCUUGUCGCCGGACUGAAAGACCCCUACCCAGAAGUCAAGCAGGCCGCCGCUUACGGCUUCGGCGUGAUGGCUCUUCAAGGGGGCAUCUUUACUGAUGUCUGCGUGCAAGCCCUGCCUCACCUCGCCGAGAUGAUUGGCGCUCCAGAUUCACGAGCUACGAACGAAGGCACCAUCGCCACCGAGAACGGCAUCUCCGCCGUCGCGAAGAUCCUGAAGCACUGCAGUGGCCAGAUCAACCCGGCACAAGCCAUCCCGCUGUUCAUCUCGUGGCUGCCCACCUACCACGACGCCGAGGAGUCUGUCCACAUCUACGGGCUGCUGGCCGAUUUGAUUGAGACGAAUAACCCUGAUGCCAUACACAACGAGGCUUUCGAGGAGGGCAAGGAAGAAGCUGAGAUGGUCAAGGGACGUUUGGUGCAGAUCCUGCGAGUUGUCUCCGCCGACCACAGCAUCGUGCAAACGUGUGUGCAACAGGCAGGACUCGACGAUGCCGAGAAGGCGACUUUGCAAAAAAUUCUGUCA